UGGAGAAUGAGGACAGAACAGAGAUGGAACAAGAGCAGCUGAGAGUCUGGUGGAGCAGCAGAGGAACAAGUUCAGCCAUUUGGACUCAGCUCAGCCACUACAGAGGAAACAAUGACUUCAACACAAAAGGACCAUCAUGGAGCAAGAAGUCAGCGCUCUCAGGAGGCCGACAAACCUCACAGAAGAAAGGGAGAGACAACAUACAGAUGUGAUGAGUGUGGGAAGUCUUUUACCCAGGCUGGACACUUAAAAACACACCAACUCAUCCACAGUGGAUUUAAACCUUACAGCUGUGACUUGUGUGGAAAGUCUUUUACCCGGGCUGGAGACUUGAAAAAACACCAACUCAUCCACAGUGGAGUUAAACCGUACAGCUGUGACUUGUGUGGAAAGUCUUUUAACCGGGCUGGAGACUUAAAAAGACACCAAGUCAUCCACAGUGGAGUUAAAGCAUACAGCUGUGACUUGUGUGGAAAAUGUUUUGCCCUGGCUCACAGCUUAAAAACCCACCAACUCAUCCACAGUGGAUUUAAAGCGUACAGCUGUGAGUUGUGUGGAAAGUCUUUUACCCAGGCUGAAAACUUAAAAGCACACCAACUCAUCCACAGUGGAGUUAAACCGUACAGCUGUGACUUGUGUGGAAAGUCUUUUACCCGGGCUGGAGACUUAAAAACACACCAAGUCAUCCACAGUGGAGUUAAACCGUACAGCUGUGACUUGUGUGGAAAGUCUUUUUAUGGGGCUAAAAACUUAAAAGCACACCAAGUCAUCCACAGUGGAGUUAAACCGUACAGCUGUGACUUGUGUGGAAAGUUUUUUACCUGGGUUGGAGACUUAAAAAAACACCAACUCAUCCACAGUGGAGUUAAACCUUACAACUGUGACUUGUGUGGAAAGUCUUUUACCCUCGCUCACAGCUUAAAAAAUCACCAACUCAUCCACAGUGGAAUUAAAGCGUCCAGGUGUGACUUGUGUGGAAAGUCUUUUUCCCUGGCUCAAAGCUUAAAAAGACACCAACUCAUCCACAGUGGAGUUAAAGCGUACAGCUGUGACUUGUGUGGAAAGUCUUUUACCGAGGCUGGAGGCUUAAAAACACAUCGACUCAUCCACAGUGGAUUUAAACCUUACAGCUGUGACUUGUGUGGAAAGUCUUUUACCCAGGCUGGAAGCUUAAAAAGACACCAACUCAUCCACAGUGGAGUUAAACCUUACAGCUGUGACUUGUGUGGUAAAGCCUUUGCUCAAAGUAGAAAGUUACAGAAGCAUCUAGUUACCCACUCUGGAAUUAAGGCGUACAGCUGCGACUUUUGUGGAAAAACUUUCAGUGAAAAAAAGUACCAAAAUAUUCACCUGCGGAUUCACACUGGAAAUGAUGCUUCCUGCUGUGAUCAUUGUGGAAAACUGUUUACAACAGAUGCACAAUUACAACAACACAUGUUUACCCACACUGAGGAGAGACCUUAUAAAUGUGACCUGUGUGAGAAGAGUUUUAAAGCUCCACAUCACCUGAAAAAACACCAACAGAUCCACACCAGAAAGUAACUCUACAAGUGCAGUUACUGUGAGAAGCAGAGCGAUGCAGAUGGAUCCAGUUCUCAACCCUUUCGUCACUGUGGUGGUAGUAAAGCGUUUCUCUGUGACCUUUUUGGAAAAACUUCCAAUCAUCAACAGGACCUAAAACCACAUCAACGUAGACACACUGGAGACAAAAUGAACUACUGCAAAGAAUGUGGGAGAGGCUUCCACACACCAAGUACAUUAAAAAUACAUGAUCUCUUCCACAGCGGGAUCAAAAAACACAUCUUUGACCAGUGUGGGUCAUCUUUCACCAAUGCACAUGAAAAAGCAUAAGCGAAUCCACACAGGAAAGACACCAUACAAGUGCAGACACUGUGACAAAAGCUUCUCACAAUCAGGUCAUCGUAACAAACAUGAAUGUACACACAUGGAAGUGAACUUUAGCUGUGACCAGCAGAGAUGGGCAGUAACACGUUACUGUAAUCCGAUUACUUUUUUGAAGUACAACACAAAGAAAUUCCACGCUGUAAAUAAACUGUUUCACUGUUACCAAUGUGCAAAAACAUUCACUUCAUUAUCUGCUCUGCCUGAUCAUGCAGGACUGAAAUCACUGGAUCACAAUGAAUCUGAAGAGAGAGAAAGAUCCUCUUCUGGCUUAAGGGUCAGACUUCGAAAAAACCUUGAGAUCAGGCUCCACAGAGUUCAGAUGGAAUCUCCUGUAAAGUGUGUCAGCUGACGUCACACUUGGAUCUGAUGAGGUAGCUCUGAUUUCUGGACCUGCAGUGAAUAAUCCUGAAUGUUACAUUUAGGAAGCUACAUGUAUUAUUAACCCUAACCCUAGUCAAAGGAGUUUGCAAAGAAAAGCGUCUGGACUUCUUUAAGUUGCUUGAAGACGUUUCACCUCUCAUCCGAGAAGCUUCUUCAGUUCCAAUGUCAAAUGGUGGAGAGUCCCAGAUUUAAACCCAGUGGGAGUAUCCCCCAUAGAGGAACAAAAGCACCCCCUGAUGAUCCUCUAGUCUAAUCACCUGAGCCGAGGUAUGAAAAUGGGUGUGGGUCCCAAUCAGCCAGGAUUUCAGGUGAGCUCAUUGUGAAACCUGGCCACACCUUAUCAUGCGAAUUCCUGAGGACAGAUGGCCCAGGAUGUGAGUGGGCGUUAGGGCGUCUGGGGAGGGAACUCAAAACUGGAUUAUAGAUGGCAGACAGUUGGUGUCGUAAACCACCGCCUCUGUUCAAAGAUGGUCGCUCACAGUGGGCGUAAAUGGCUUCUUUCACUCCUCUUUUAAACCAUCUGUCCUCUCUGUCCAAAUUGUGAACACUGACAUCCUCGAAAGUGUACUUUAUCCUUAAGAUGCAGAUGGACUACUGAGUCUUGUCCUGUGGAGGUGGCUCUUCUGUCUUGUCCAUACGCUUGUGAAGUGGCUGUUUGGUCUCUCCAAUGUAGAGGUCUGGGCAUUCCUCUCUACACUGUACAGCAUACACCACAUUGUUAAGUUUGUGGUUUGGAGUUUUGUCUUUUGGGUGAACCAGAUUUUGUCUGAGUGUGUUGCUGGGUCUGAAGUACACUGGGAUGUCAUGCUUGGAGAAAACCCUCCUGAGUUUCUCUGAUACACCGGCUACAUAGGGGAUGAAAUGUUGUUGUGUCUGUCUUUCUUAUACUCCCUCGCUGGUGUCUGAUCUUCUUUUCUGUGCAUCUUUGCUGACUUUAUAAAUGUCCAAAUCAUUCUCUUUUCUGUGGGUGGUGCAUGGCUAUUCCUAAUUCG